AUGAUGAAUAGUAUGGGGAGGAAGUAUGAAGAAAAUGAAGAUAGAUUAAGAAUUCUGAAAAAAUCUUUUAUUAAAAUGUUUGAGGAAGAAACACUUGCUGAUUUCGUAAUUAAGAUUGAUGAUGAAACAAUAAAUACACAUCGUUGUGUUUUAGCUCAAAAUAGUGAAGUGUUUAAAAGAAUGCUAGGACAGAAUAUGAUUGAAAAGGAAAUAGGUGAAAUAAAAAUUGUUGAUUGUUCAGUUGAUUGUUUUAGAGCAAUGCUCGAGUUUUUCUACAGUGGGGAAAUUGAAAUUAGUACUUUUGAGAAACUUGGGGAGGAUUUAUACGCAAUUGCCGAUAAAUAUGAAGUUGUUACUUUAAAAGAAGUUUGUGAGCACUAUAUGGCUAUGUCAAUUACUUCUACAAAUUUUAAAAAACGUUAUGAUUGUGCCAAAACUUAUGGUCUUUUAAUGUUAGAGAAGUCUUGUAUAAAAUAUAUUUAUGCUAAUAGAGAGGAAUUUCUGAUUAGUAAAGAAUGGGAGGAAUUUAAAUCUGUUAAUGGAGAAUCUGCCUUUAAAAUGUUAGAAGAUGCUUUGCUUGGCAAAUUUGAUAUAAAUGGCAAGUUUUGCUUUUUAAGUGAAAGUGAGAAGAAUGAUACAGAUGUUGAUUUUGAUUCCUUUGCGAGUUUUGGAUUUGGAAGUGGAACAUGA